AGCCGGUUCUUUCUCGGUGGAACACCAAGUCCGAGCGACACCUCCGUCCCUCUGCACUUAACCUUACUCACUCCACUCAAAGUGCCAUGGAGGAAUCAAGUAGUUGACGUUACCUGCUGCAACCUUCUCUUUUUAAGCUUUCUUCCCGAUCGAUCAAUCCGAUCCUGAACCAGUUUGACCGACGCUUCUUGAACGUUUUAUCGACGAGCUUUGACCAUCUGAAACCAUGAAGUACAUCAUCGGCAUCGGCGGGUGAGUGAUGGCGAAUGAAUGAAUGGAGGGGAGUGGAAGGGAGCUAAUGUAGCCGGCUAGCUUUCCGAGCUGCUAGGCCGAUCCACGUGGAGGGAGAGGGAGAGAGCGGUCAUGACAUCCGCUUGGUCGUUGCUACUUCUUCUUUUUCUUUUGUUGUUUGUCGAUUGAAAAAUACCCAGAAACCAAUGAUCGAUAAUCAUCGUGCAGUUUGUGCUAACACUAAUACACGUGGUUACUAAUAGACACUGAAAGGUGAUCGUUGCAAGUGUAUGCGUUCGGUUUACCCACCCUUUUUUUUCCUGACACGACGCGGAUAUGAAAAUCUCAGAUGAACUGCAUGUACACUUUGUGUUACAGUAACAAAAAUCGCCUGAAAAUACACAUUUUGCCUGUUUGGUACUCACUUACAAUUGGUGCAACAUAGUGGAUUAAAAGUGUGACUGCUACUUAACCAAAUCCACUCAUUUAUAAUCAAGUAUUUCCUUUUCUUCAUGUUUCAUGCAGCGUUACCAACGGAGGGAAAACCACCCUCACCAACAGACUGAUCAAGAACCUUCCCAACUGCUGUGUGGUCCACCAGGAUGACUUCUUCAAGGUGAGCCGCAUACAAACACCGCUCUUGUAAAAAUUUUGAUGUAGUUAAAUCUAAGGGAUUGCUCUGAGUAACACAAGGAAAGCAGGUGUUUACACUUGGCUGCCUGUGUUACAGGAUAAAGAUGAAUGUAGGGUAAAGAUAAAAAGAAAAAAAAAAGUGUCAGAGCCUUCCAUAUAGAGUGUAGUGGUAUGUACCUUGGUACAUCUUAUCAAUGUAUGUUUCAGCCCUGGGAUCAGAUUGAAGUUGGUGAAGAUGGCUUUAAGCUGUGCGAUGGUAAGCCUGGGUUUUUAUAAAAGGGUUAGUGUGUCUGGGUGUGUGCCUGUUUAUAUCUUGUGUGUCUGCUGCUGUUGUGUUGCAUUUGUAAUCUGCAUGCCUAAUAAUCAAAUUUAAAACAACUAAACUUGUGUUUCUUAAUUGCUUUUUGCACUUUUCUAUACGCUUCUCUUUUUCCUCCACCCCCCCUUGCUUUGCUCUCUAGUCAUCACUGCUCUGGACAUGGACGCCAUGAUGAGCACCAUCUACGCAUGGCUGGACAACCCGGUGAAGUUUGAGAAGUCUCACGGCGUUAAUAACACCCUGGAUACUGAGAUCGUCCCAAAGUCUGACAAUGAGGAGGAGGAGGAGACGAAUCACAUCCUCAUUGUGGAAGGCUUUCUGCUUUACACCUACAAGUAAGAAUGUGUCUCAAGUACAGAUCUGUUAGUUUUGUUUGUUUCUAGUCAGGAUCGACCUUGAUUUGUCUCUUCCCUCCUCAUUCAGACCUUUGAUCGACGUGCUGAACCAACGUUACUUUAUUUCCAUCCCAUAUGAAGAAUGCAAAAAGAGGAGGUGGUAAGUACUGCAGUGUGAGGGCCUCACUGGCCUCGCUCUCAUGUACUGUAAAUUUUCAGGACUUUUUCUGAUCGGUGUUGUGUCUCUUUGUAGCUCCAGGAACUACAAGGUGCCAGAUCCCCCCGGCCUGUUCGAUGGUCAUGUCUGGCCCAUGUAUUUGAAACACAAGAACAUCAUGGAGGCAUCAAAUGUUGACGUCUGUAAGUGUGCAAUUUUAGUUUUCAGCCAUGCAACUUUUUUUCUAUUUACAAUCAAAUACCCUAAAGUUUCAUCUUACUGAUCAAACGUUUAAAUUCUGUUACAGUGCAGCUUGAUGGAACCAAGUCGAAGGAACAGCUGUUCAACUUCGUCUACGGUGACAUCCUGAAUUCCAUCCAGAAGUCAUUUUAAAAACAAAGGUACAAAAACAGUCAAGCUCUCUAAAAGCUGAGUGUCUUUUUCAAAAAGCAAGUUCUUGAUCAUUUCUCUCUGUUACAGGUCUGAUGAUCGGCUAAAAGGACCACAUACUCAUCCUGCAAGCAGAAGACCACCUUGCCUUAAGUUUCUACCUGGCAGCUCAUUUAGCUGACUGCUACAAAGUCUUUUGUAAAUGUUUUUAACUGGCAGCAUCAAAUGCUGGCAUGAUUUUAUAUCUACCAUAUUUAUUGCUUUGUUACAACCUAUACUCCACAGAGAGUCGAUGGAUAUGUCAGAGGAUGGUUGCACUUAGUUGCUUAAGUCAAUAAAUGAUCCUCCUGUUAAUUCUGUGCUUUUUGUGAUGAUUUUUUUAAAGGGAUGAUGCAUUUUCUUUUACACCUCAGGCAGAAACUCGUGAAAAAAUGAACACUUUGUUUUUUAAUAAUAGUAAUAAUCAAACUUAAUUUGUAUAGCACAUUUCUAGAACAGUUGUAACUAAGUGCCUUGCAACAAGACAUAAUAAUCAUCAAAAAGUACACUUGUAGCCAAAGUCCUGUUUAUACAAAGGUAAGUGUAAACAAAUAGGUUUUUAACCACUUCUUGAAAGUAUCCACAGUCCUUAGUUCUGAAGUCGUAUGUACAGUCCUGUAUUCAACACCUGCAGCCCUUGAUAGCCACCAAAGUAGCCCGUGUACAGACCACUCUCACUAUCUUGCUCCCAGGCGACAGUUGGUGUGAGCGAUAAGAAAGAGUCACAAGGUUCGGCCAUGUGACCUCACCUUCAAAGCACACGCCUUAUCUAUAUUCACACAUACACGUGCUAUUUCUCCAGGAGUAUUUCUUUCAGAAGUUGGUGUAAACAGAAAUUAGUUCUAUCUUACAAUGUAGAUUCACAUUUCUAGAUUUUCCAACAUGUAUUUAAACAAAAUAUAUCUGGCCAAUCUGUAAGACACACACACACAACAAAUAAUGCAGGUAAUGUCUUUUGAAGCUUUCAUCAAAAAUAGUUAAAAAUCCCGUUUUGGAAGGUUAGGUAUAUGUUUGCUGCAAACUUGGCACAGAUGUUGAGAAAUCCAAGGCAGAAAGUGCCACAGAAGCGGAUGCCAGCAGACUAUUCAUUACUUCAAUGUGUAGCGGAAAGGACUUUGGCAGAUGGCCAGAUCUCACUCCCACACCAGUCUAUGAAUGGGUGUCCUAUAGAGCAGCUGUUUAAUCCCAUAUGCAGAGACAGGUAUUCUAAAUAGCUGCAUUGCCCAUUUGAAACAAACCAAUGCAACCAGUUUCAGAUUCUUCAAAAAGCUGCGGUAUGCAGUGUGGUUGUUUAAUGUGUUAUACAAGGGACACAAAUAAAGUCAUGCAUUUGUACAUUCCCAUGGUUUGAAAAGUCCAUAUAGAAAGCAUGGUGUUAAUCUGAUACACACUAUGGGGGCUGCAUCAUGAGUUAUAAGUAAAGGACAUGACAAGUUGGCUGCAUGAGUAAAUUAGGUGAAAACUGAUAACACUUAUCUCUACCAACUCGUGCAUUAUGCAGUCCCGUAGUAAUUCACAAAUGUCAUUCAUUCAUGUUAGAAAAGCAUUUCUUUUUCUGUGACGGAAAAGGACCGUUCAUGAAAUGUAAAGUCAACAUCCACACAAGUCUGGAUCCUUCUGAGUCAUGGCUGUGUUGGGCCCCUCUGAGGGAGUAAAAUGGCUUUCACACAGCCUUUUCUUCGCUCCGCUUUAAAAGCAUGUUACGUAAUUUUACUAUAGACAUGUAUGGAAGUGGGUCAGAGCUGUGAGGAGGUCAGGGGGGAAAAAACUCAAACUCCAGCCCAAACUGGCCUAAAUGUGACAAACUAUAUCAUGACCCUUAGUCGCUGUGCAUGACACUUCUUUGUCUUGUGUAAUAAUUAAUCUUCACAUCUGGAAAGACCAAUUAACAUAUAUUAUGUAAUUACCUGAAUUUAAAAAACAGCUGUUCUUUAAGUGAAAAUUAAACUCACAGUUUGAAACAAUCUGGUUCUAUUUUUAGAUUGUUUUUUUGCCUGAUUUAAUCUUCCAUUUAGCAGUCACUGUUUUCCCCCUGCUGGAUGUGUCACUGGAAUAAAAACAAGUUUCAAAUGUUGAUGUUACACUGAAAGGAGGUCUGACUAAGACAAAGACACGUGUUGAAUUACUCACAGACGACAAAGCAGCUCUUAUGGUUUCAAAGUGUCUGAAGGAUCAACACACCUGUGUCUCUGCAGCAACAGGACAGACACACACAGGCAGACGGUGAACAUCUGUCCUGUGAGGGCUGUUAGGUUAAACUGAGGUUUUAUCAUCAUAUUUAUGAAUUUCUCUGGCCUCAAACAAAUCCUCGGUCAUUCUUCUAUCUAUUUCCCGUACCAAACAUAACAAAAUAUCUGCUGUUAAUGCUCUCACACGCGGAUGCUCCCGUCUGUGCAAACUUCCAGGGCUUCCGGUGUGGCCUGGGAUUUGUAGGAAGAGUUUAAUCCAUUCUCAACAAUGGACAGUUUAUGUGACUUAAACCUUAAAAUAAUUUCUCACUGUAACCAGUCAGCAUUAGGUUAGAUGUCUCCAGUUUACUGAAUGAACAGAAGUGGAAUACUAUAAAGCACGUUCAGCUGUAGAGGAAGGGGGACAGAGAUGGUGAGCAGGAGAUCCUGUUACAAACUCAUUAAUCCUGGGAAUUUCCUGCUGCCUACUACAGUAUGCGUAAGACAAACAUCAACAUUCCUCGUGUCAUUUCUACAUAAUGCAAUCUGUCAAGUGCACAAAACUUUCAAAAAGUUUUAUUUUCUUUUACUCAUUUGCAAAGUCACAGAUCAGUCUCUCAGUAUUCUCUGUGCAGACUCUUACAUGAGAGCAAGAACUCUGUGUGCUAACUCCCUCACAUGGCACACCUUUUGUCACAGCAGCUCAACAUAUAAUUUAUUUUAAAGCCAGAAAUCAUUUUGAGAUGGUGUUAAUUUCCCCUUAGGGCACCUCUCUUAUUUUGAGGUGGGUGUUACUUCACAGCGCGUACUAGCGUCUCGGUCUAGAUGUGAAUGUGAGAGAUAAGGAGUUAUGUAACCUGGACUGCUGCUGGCAAGGCCCCCUUUUAGAAAAAAAGGAAAGUGCUUCACUGUGAACAAAAGCACGGCAGACCUCUACUCCUCUCUUUGACUUUUGCUUCCUGUGGCUUUUCUUUGUCCACACACUAACUUGAUGGUUUCUGCAGGGUCAGCCAGAAAGAUUAAAUAUAAAUGUAAAAAAAGCUAAAACUGUACUCUUUAGUAAAGUUGCUUCCAGCUUGCACAAACUGGGUCAUUGUGAACUCAUUGUCCACCGAUCAUAUCUCUCAUGGACGAGUUGCACCGUGGUGAUAGAAGACAUCGUCCUCUGACACCCGUACCGCCUCUGGACUGCGGCAAACCCAGCAGUUUUCUAAAACCACAGCGACCACCUCACCAUGAAGCCUGCAGCACUGGCUCUUACUGGAUCUUGUUUGUGUACGUGAGUUAGUGUCUAGUGUCUGUGCUGCUGCCUCACACAUGCACACACACCUCUUCACACACAGAGCAUCCAAAAAGCAGAGGAGGAAGCAACAGUCUGCUGUGGUUGACUCAAAUAGAGCACAUAAACAACACCAUAAAUCCUCCCUUCAGACCUCUAACUCUAUACAGUUAAGGUUUGGAUUAUCACAUCCCCACCUCACGCAGGUCAGACAGGACACAGCCAUAAAACCACUAACCAUGCUGGCUGUGGAGGUGACUGUGACUCUGUGGCCUCCUGUCUGAAAACAGUGUCUUUGUCUGACUUGCAGCUUAAAGCGAUGCCCUCCUGCUGUUAUUGCUUUCCUAACUUUCUGUUAACCUCAACCAAAGAAAACAACACGACUUGAGGGACUGUGUUUAUUCCAUCAGAUCAUCUUUUCUCCUCCAGCUACACAUGCUCUUCAAAGCCUUCUUUGUCAGACUGCUUAUUUACUGUCUUUAACGGGCUCAAGUGUACACAUAUUUUUAAGUUAAUUUAUCAUAAUCGUGGAAAAUCAUCCUGGCAAUUUAGUAGAAAUUGAUUGAAGAACCUCACCACUCUACUUUGUUAUGCAGCUCUUCUCUACUUUUAUUCACUUUUAUUGUUAUAUUAUUGCCACGCCCUUUGCUGUUGUGCCCCUUUGGGAGAGGAGAUGGAGUGGGCUGCUUUGAUUUAUUGGAGGUUACGUCUGUAUGUGUCUCUACCAGAGCCAUAAAAAGAGAAAAAGUUCCACUGUUAGGACAUCAUUAUUGUCCUAACAGUGUACAACGCAGAGAGUCGCUGGUAACAUAAGCACAAGUUUGAUUAUAAAAGAAGAAACAUAAAGAACAACUCUAACAAACAACCAAAUAAGAAUACCUAUAGAUGCAGCUGGGAGAUUCAGAAACAGCAAGUCUUUUAAAAACUUUUGUUUUUUGGACAGAUUUUUAAAAUUUUCAUGAUUAUAUUCUGGCUCUAUUCUACUUUGAUUUUUAUUUCAAACUUUUUUUGUUUUCCCGUGGCUGAGGACUUUCAGGGCCCCUCGCAACUUUUUCACACUGAUCCUUAUUAUCAUAAAUGAAAAUAGAUUCUCCCCAAAAUCACAAAAAUUUGCUUGCUACCAAAGCAUUUCAUUUUUUCAGUGACUUCAUUGAGCCAAGUCCAACUUUGGCAGACACUUUUCUUUCCUGAAAGCAUACUUAUAUGUACAUGUUUGUGUUUUUUUUUUUUUUUUAACGUAUAUCAGCCUUAUCCAAAGUGCACUUGUCAUACUUUAUUAUAGGAUUAUCUUCUCUCCUCCUAUCUUUGGUCUUCGUUUGGUUCAACACUGACCCACUUUCUGGAGACUGAGGAAAACCAACAACAACAACAUACUGUAUGUCGCAAUAGGCAGUUAUAAAGGCUAUGGUUCCACUGUACUUAGACACUGUAAACACGUCAAACAAAACAAAAUGCCAAGUCAAGGUACUUAACUGUAUGUACAGUACGUCCUCCUGUUUUCUUCUGCUGCCCCACCAAAGAAAACAACAAGUGAAGACAGGCUGCAUUUAUUUAAUCAAAGUCUCCUUUCCCCUCAACCACAACUACCCACUCUUCAAAGCCUCCUCUUCACUUUCUAUAUUUACUUCUUUUACUACAGUCUAAGAGGAGCCAAUGAAACCAGCCAUUCAUGCCAUAAAAUCCUUUGUGACGUACAGAGUUGUUGAAGGGACUUGUUUUGAAAAUGUGACUUGUCUAAAGCUGACAUGCAGAGCAGAGUGGGGUUAAUGCUGCACCUGUGGGGCUCGUGUGAAAACAGCUUUUCACCUACCGCGUGGUUCACCCGUCUGUCUGUGUUUACCCUGAGAGGAGCUGGCUUUGGGAGAAAUUAUACCACAGGCCAGACACAACAACUCGCUCUGUGACCCAUACUUGAAAUUAGACUCUUAAGUUGUGCUCAUUUCGCCGCCGUUGCUGCAACACACAGAGGUGGUUGUAGAAGAAUUUUGAUUAUUUAGUUCGGGAAAAGCAGGAAUGCCACAAUCUGAAAACACGCAAGUUAGAUUGCAGCAAAGUUUUGGCUGAGAAAAAAACAAUUAUCCAAGUGUUAUAAGGUCAAUUGUUACAACUGAAUAUUUUUCUGUUGAUAUUUUAACGUCAUAUAAAAGAAAAACAAUUUUAGAAAUAAACUAUAUUUCUUCAAGGCACUCUGAGUAAACUGGGUUACAAAGUUCUUUAAAAUGAAAAUAAAAUAAAAAUAAAACAGAAACUUGAAGGAUACAAUGAAUAAAAAGACAAAACAUUAAAAAAGAAACAAUUGGGGGGUUAACAAUAUAAUGAUCACAAAUAAUAGAAAUAAUGAUAAUAAAAAAUAAGAUAAAAUGAGUAAAAUCACAGUAGAUAAUGGAGGAGUUUAACAAGUUAAAAAAUAAAGCCACCAAAAGAUAUAAGGGAAUAAAAUAAUGACAACAGAAUAAAACCAACAAAAGAAAAAGGACUAAACGAUGAAAAAGGUAAAAGCCUGUGUCGAGAGAAUCAAAACCCACUCAGUUAAUAUUUUUGUAAAAUCUCAUCCAUAAAAAUGCGCUUUAACAGAGGUUUUUAAAAAGGAUAAAGGGAAUGCCAAUCUGAUCUCCUCAUAGUAGUUGAUUAAAGGGGCUCUGAUGGAAAAGGACUUCUCAUCCAGGGCCUCCACUCUACUGAGCACCUCUAAAUUAUUAAAGCACCUUCCCAUUAUUAUUACAGCAACCUCAGCUGUCUACAGGCAAGUUGUGGAGUACACCCUAGACAGGUCGCCAGUCUAUCACAGACGUAACAGACAAACCUACACUGAACACCUACAGGGAAGUUAGAGUCAAAGGUUAACCUGAUGAGGGGACACAAACGUGUAUGUGUAUGUGGAGAGCAUACACACUGCACAUGAACCACAAACAUUAUUAUGGUGAGUAACAGCACAAACCACCAAAACAUUUGAAUAUUGACUUGAUUUUAAACAAAUAAACUAACUAAAUGAAAAAAAUGGGGUCCGUUGCUCGAUGGUUUACUGUCUAGAACAUUUCCAAGUUUGAUAUUGGAUAUUUUACCUGCCUAUGUUUCCAGAGCUGAAGAAAAACAGAAGCUUUCCAGAAACAAAAUAGUCAGAAAUAUCUGUCUUAUUAUUCUUUCAUUAACCAGUGGCUCCUUAGCUUCUUAUGAUAUUCAUGAAACAGGCUGUAAUUUGUACUCAUACCUUUUUGUGGUAUAGGGCCAUCAGGGGCAAGACUGGCCACUUGUAUUCUAGCAUUUUGACACUAAAUUUGACACUACUUAAUUAAGCAUGACGAUGACAAGAUAAGCCACAAUCUAGUGAGAAACUUUCCAUUUGCGACAUUUUUGGCGCUCCCUGGGGUCAAAACGGUGCACCCUGUCUUCUGGCUGACCUUUGUUUAUUUUUGUCAGUCAUAUAAAGUCACCACUAACCCUAACUCUAACCCACCAGUCUGUUCAAUGCAAAUUAAAAAUUCCCCACAAAUUAAUCAUUGAGUGUGUGUUUUUCUCUGCAAACCAACUUCUGCAGCUGUAUGCUACAUGUUGUAAAGUUAUGAAGUACAAGCACUGAAGAAGAAGGAGUAUCUCAAAAGCUGUUCAGUUCUGUCUCAGACCGGAUCUAAACAAAUGUAAAAUGAUUGUUUUGGAGAGAUGGGGUGGUUACAUGGUAAACAGAUCUCUUAAAUAUCUGCUGUGUACCAUCUGUUGAGUCACAUAAACCUAAUUACUAAUGUUCUCCGAGCCCACUUAUCCAGACGUGCGUAUGUAGCGUUAUAUAAGACUUGGUGGAGAAGGGAAAGUAACCUCAUUCACUGUCAUUUGGUCAGAGACACCACAGAGAGAUAUGUUUUCCAGAACCUUCAGUUCAGCCCUUCACAUGGUACACAGUGUGCAUGAGCACCGCCACACCAACCAAAUGGUAAAACCUGAGGGCAAUAAUAAUAUGAUGCAAGCUUCCUGAGUGUGGGCCUGAGGACCAUAUCCUGUUAUGGUGGGUCUGGGAGCAGCUUGGUGCUGCCAGUCUGAAGCUGACCACAGCCUCCCACUCCUCACUGGUCUGAUUCACUGUUUACUUAGACAGGAAGGCCCGCUGCUAUACAACAUCAUCAUCUGCUGCUGCUACUCCAUGUCUGUGACUCGCUUGUGGCUUAAGAGAGGGUGGGGGUUUGUGUUUUCCCCGACGGCCAAGUUUCUAAAAGCAGACUCAAGUUAAAACCAAAAGCUUGGAGGAGUAGGGUGCAGCCGCGGAAACCACAUUGCCUCUCUGAGCUGUCUGACUCUGGAACUUUAUAUACCCCUCCUGCUGGAAAAACAGUGCCCUGUUCACUCGGAGUAUUAAAUACUUAUGAGCAGGUCCUGUCAGGGAUGAAUCAGAGGGAAUGAAAACAAAAAUGAGUUACAGAGGUACACAAGAAAGAAAAUCAGACCUUUAACAGUCAAAGGAGGAGCUGCGGCCUGCAGGGUUUCAGUGCUGAUGCAUUAAUAACAAUGUGACCAAGGUCUGAAAUUGAACUGUUGUUUUUUUACAGUCACUAACUAUAACGACUCUUUUGCCACACCCUAACUGAGCUGCGGCAGAGUCCUUCUGUUUUCUGCUGCCUCUGUGAUGAAAAAAUGAUGACACCGCUGUGCUUUUGAAUCCCACAUCAGACCGGUGUCAAGUGGCAACAACUUCACAAAAGCUGGCAGAGCAGAUUUCAUGUGAGGAACUUUUGUUCUCCGACUUUUUAAGAAUAAGGAUAAGAAUAACUUUAUUAAUCCUCAAAGGGAAAUUCAAUUGUCCGUCAUCUCAUUUGUCAUGUCUCAAAAGUCAUCUAAUAUUUAUAAAAGAGUUGUAAAGUCAAGGUACAAAAGACCUUUUGAAUCUUUCUGUCCUGCAGUGAAGAGAGAGGAGCCGUCCACCACCAUUGGCCCUUUGGUCCGUUAAGGUGUUAUGUUGUAAGUGUUAUAAGUGUAGAUGGUGGAGAUUUAGAUUUUAGAGCAAUACUGAGAAAGAUAAGGCUUAUUUAUCUUUUUUUCUCUUUAUUAGCCUCACUUUUUAUUUGGGACAUUUGUGUUUGUUCAAUGAGAUAAAAACUGCACAUUUUGAACGUGCUCAAAUAGAAAUAAAAUCAUGAUACAGUUUAUUUCAUUGCAUUCAUCAGAUUUUCAGAUCAAGACAUACCGUAGAUAAGGCUUGCUUUACGGGACAACAGACUCAAGAACUGGUUUGAAAUGUGAAAUAAAGUUUUAAACCUCAAAUUAAAAUUGUAUUAAUCACAAUUAUCUAUGCUCACACUAUUUUGAAAUGCAGUGAUUUAUUCAGCUGGAACUUUUUAGAUGAUUUUGAAAUAGAUAAAUCUUAAAUAAAAGAUUAUAUAUUAGAAUAUUUGUCACUUUUCCCCCCUUUGAGACCCAGUGGACAACCAAAGUCUCUCUAAGAUUGCGAACAGUGCUGUACUUUCACCCAACAUUCAAUAAAAUAUUCAAAUCACCUAAAAACUACAAAGUUCAUUGGUACAUAUUGGGGUUUGCAUAACAAUCAGAAUCUGAAACAGCCUUAUUGCCCAUCAAAACAUGCACUGUCAAGGUAUUUGGCACUGGUUUCACAUUAUUUUCACUACACCAAAAUGAUAUUAGAUAAAUAAAAAAUGCAAUAAAAAAUGCCAUUUUGCGGUAACAGGUGCCUGAGACUUUUCUCCUUUGCAUCUUUGCAUCCAUUGCUCUCUUGCAUACUUUUUGUUUAGUUUGACCAUCUUUCUUUUUCUGGUCUUCUCAUAACACUGACCCAUUUUCAGAAAAAGAAAACUUCAACCAAUUAGCGUUGCACAAGGUAUUUAUAUAUGUAGCCACUGCAUUUAGGCAUACAGUGAAAACAUGUCAAACAAAACCAAAAGUCAGGCCACUGAGAACUAUAUUCAUAAUGUGGUUUCUGCACUGGCUCACUUUCAUUAAGUGGCAUCUGGUUGCCCCUCUCUCUGGACCCCUCCAUGGCCACACUGUGGUGCAGUUUCCGCUCCAAAAGCACCGAGCGGGGGCGGGCCAAGCCAUGUUGGUUUUGACAACGUUUCCUGCAGUAGUAGUGAGUGUAAAAUUAGAGCUUUAUGUGAAUUGGACGGGGACGGGACAGACACAUGCUUGUGUUGGGAUAGAGAGGAAUGUAACCUAGUUUUCUGUCAACAAACUAGUGUUUGUGUGGCUGCGACGAGACAAUGAGGCAGGAGAGGAGAGUAAAAGGGACAAUGUUUGUUGAAAACAUGUGUCUAGUGUUGACCAAUUCAGUCUCAAUUUAAGGUCUGUGGGGAAAGGAUGAUGACGCAGAUCAGAUUCGUAAGGACAAGAGUCGGUAAACAAUGAUCAGUCCUAGAGCUCCUGUCUCCCUGCAUGUAAACCACAGAUCACUACAUUCACCUGAGCAGGUAAUGACUUCCUGAUUAGAUGUAAUGAAAAACCAGCAGAAAACAGAGGCUGGGGGUGUCCAUCCUGAGUGUGAGAGUCCGAGAGACAGAGGGACUGAAAUGAUUCAUCAAAAUCAGUCAAAUUAAUGAGAAGUAUCUGACAAGUUCGGCUGUGGGAACAACACAACUCGGUGCAAAAAUCAACCAGUCAUCUGGUCUCUGCUGACACCCAGUGGACAGAGAGAUACUAUACAGACUGGAUAAUUCAAGCUACUGUUAAGUUUGUAAUGAUUUUGGUGCCCCCUGUGGAUAAAUUGGUACCCUUAAUUUUUUUGCUGUCAACAGUCAAAGAAACUGCUGCAGAUAUUUCCAGGCUUUCAAAGUGAUGGUCUUGCUUGCUUUUGAAAAAACCCCAAUAAAUGCUUAAUAACCAGCUGAAAUUUGUGCUUGUGGAUCUGAAAAAAGGUGCUUUACAACAAAUAACAGACAUGAAGAAGAGUCUUUUAUUAACUAAACUUUUAUAAAAUGUACCGUGCAUACUGCAUUGGACACAGUCCACAGCUUAGAAAGUGUUUUUAAACCAGAAGCAGAAAAAAUGAAAGUCAUGCAUGCACGCUUGUACAAACCAGUUUGCUUUGCUUUUAUUAUUAACUGUACAGACAGCAGAGGGGGUUCAGGUGUAAGUAGUGCAUAGAGGCCUCUUUAACAAAUCUGUCGAUGCUGUGUUUGGUGGGAGAAAGUUUGGUCAAUCUGUCUCAUAUCAUCUGAACCCCGGACAUACGGUCAGUCAAGUUUAGUGCAGACCUAUUUGAUAUUAACCAACAAACCUCUUUUAUAGCAUUCAAUACUAACCGGGCAGCAACAGUAUACAGUAACACUUAAUGUUGAACAAAAACAGCAUACAGUUCUUCUUCAGGUCAUUGUCUGGCGGCUGAGAAAGUGUCUGAGGAUCUUUUUUACCCACUCGUGGGUAAAAAACCCAACUUUGUCGUCACAGGUUGAUGGUGGGACAUACCAGCAUUUGAUGAUUUAGUCCAUGUCUUUGGUUUGUGGUGAUCUUGGCAAUGUCAGAUUUUAAGAAUCAUAACAGGGAUUUGCAGGUUUUAGCCCAUUUCCUAAAUAUUACAUACACUGUCUACUGAGCCAAACAUUUUCAGAAGCAUGUCACAGUCUGAAAGGUUUUUGAGGUGAGAUUUUUUUCCCAAAUAUGUGUCGUAUGCAUCUAAAUUAAAAUGUUUUUUUUGUUUCCUUCUAGUAGAAGGGCUCAAACUCUCAGCUGACUACAUCUCUAAAACAUGUAGUCUACAAAAGCAGAAAUACUGAUUGCAGUCUUUCUGUAAUACUUUUAUCACAACAACGAGUGAAACAAAUAUAUUUUUAAGGAUAAUCUCAAUUCUGCUGUGAAAACAUGUCAGGCUCCUGCACUUAAAAGGUAUUUCAUCUGCAAACAUGCUGCAAACUAGCACACCACACCUGAAUUUAAAACAGUCGGUACUUGCUGAGAUGACACGCUGUGGUAAUUUGCAGUUUGUCACAACAAAAUUACCUCAUUGUCACAACAAAAUUACCUCAUUUCCUUAGCACUGAAAUCUUCAUGUGAAAUCUAAGUUGUCUUAGUCCCUGUCCCUUGUCCCUCACUAUGCUUGUCUGAUGCUCUAUUUCAUUCCCAAACUAAAAGAACAACCCAAAUUAUCAUUAUGAAUGUAUGUGCUAUUAUGAAUGGGCUAAAACAUACAAACCACCUGUAUGGUCCAUUAAUACAGCAGGCGUAAUCGGGGUCCUACGUUCUUUUGGCAGGUUUGGCUAUAAGCUGUCUUUCUCUCUCCAGCUCUUUCUCACGCUGCUGCUCCUUCUCUAGUGCCUCCUUCUGCUUCUGCUGCUGCAGUUUCAGCGCUCUUUUCUGAAAGAACCAUCAAUGUUAGGUUAGUUAGAUCCAUCCACUAAUACUUCCUCUGAGCUUCAAAUCUUUGAGAUGAGAGUUACCUUUAGUUUAGUCGUCUUUUCAUGGAGCAUAAUCAUUUCUUUCCGUAUGUUCACCAGUUUGUUGUGGUAAACUUUUGCCUCUGUAAACUACAGAAAAUGUAUAGGAUUACAAACAGUUCUUCCAUGCUAGUGUACAAAACAUUAACAAUUAUUAAGUAAAAUGAAGUCACCAGAAUUUACCAGUGAGUUGAGGUCCAGUAACGCAUUACAUUCUCUAAAUUUUGUGACUUCUUGAUCCAGUGUGUCUAACAAUACCAGCUGAUUUUGUCUAAAACAAACAAA